UGGAGAAGAAGUGGGCGGAGUUAAGUCUGAUCUGGAACAGAGGCGCAUCUGCAUGGCGGCUGUGUUUGGGACGCGCUUUAGUCGAUGUAAAUGAAGUAAAUAGAGGUUUUAAUGUUUCUCCGCGGGCGUCCUCUCUUCGUGUGUGUGUAGGAUCACCAUGCUUGAAAGUCACAAGUAGCCAUCCUUUUCAUUUGCUCUCCUUUAGCUCCUCCAGAGGCUUGUUUACACACAGGAGUGAAUCUGAAUUUUAUAAAGGUUAAGCAUGGAGCAGGUUGAGCCGUCGGGAGGAGAGAGCCCCCAACUAACAUCCAUACGUUCAGAUGCUUCAGAAGCCCCGGUGGAGGAGGGAAAUACUGGAACUAGCACCCGGAGGAAGCGGAGGAGGAGGGAGCCCAGACCCGAGUCCAUCAUUGUGUAUCGCUCUGACACAGAGAGAGGAGAUGGAGAGGAGCGUGGAGGAGACGCAGAAGGUGCAGAGAGAAGCUCGGAGGAAGGGGCCAAGUUCCUCACAACACCAACGAGUGAAGGAAACUGGAACCUUCCUCCUGACAGCCGCUACGUGACACUAACAGGCACAAUCACACGUGGGAGGAAGAAAGGUCAGAUGGUGGAUAUUCACGUUACACUGACUGAGAAAGAGCUGCGUGAGAUGGCCAAGUCUAAGGAGCGGCUGGAUGCUGAAUGUGAAGCAGGAGAUGGAGCCAAGCGCUCCUGCGGAUUGGGAUUUUGUCAGGGUCCUCAUGUGGUGCUGUGGAGUCUUUCUUGUGCUCCCAUAGUCUUCCUCCUCUCAUUCAUUACCUCAUUUUACUAUGGCACACUCACCUGGUACAACGUGUUCCUGGUGUACAAUGAGGAGAGGACGUUUUGGCACAAAAUCACUAUUUGCCCCUUUCUUAUCAUCUUCUACCCCAUGCUGAUCAUGGUGGUGUCACUGUCUCUGGGGUUGUAUUCAGCGGUGGUGCAGGUGUCCUGGGCGUUUAGUGAGUGGUGGCUGUCGGUGAAGGACUUGGAGAAGGGCUUCUGCGGGUGGGCAUGUGGGAAGCUGGGGCUGGAGGACUGCUCUCCGUACAGCAUUGUAGAACUUCUGGACUCAGACACCAUCUCUGGAAGCCUGCAGGGAAAAGCUGCGGGAGAUAGCGUGCAGACUUCCUCUGUGUGAAAACCUCUCUCUCUAUGAAUAGAUUUGUGCUGGUAGAUAGGACCAACUAGUUAGUCGCAAUGUGUUGUUUAGACUUCGUUUUAUAUGAGUUUUUUAUGACCACUUUUAAACUCUGAUGUGUUUAAAGAAUAUGUAUCCAUAUAUACCAUAUAAAAACCCACAAUCACAGGUCUGUGAGUGAGGGAAUGGUCUUUGUGAGCGUCAUUGUUUGGUGUUAUUUUUAGCCUUUAGCCACUAGCUUCCUGAAACACUUAUCCAACGCCUUCUUUCGCUGUGUAAUUUCAGUGGAAUGGAAUGUUGUCUUUUGUCAAAGUCUCUUGUGUUUUUUUAUGUAUUUAUGUAUCAUGUAUCAGUUUUAUCCAUGUAUUUAUGCUAUUUAUUUUAUUUCUUUUUUUUAUUUAUUCAUUUUAAAGUAUUGCAUGUCUGGAUUAUUCACAGUUGGUGCCCGAAAGUGCUUUUCCAUAUCAAAGUCCAUGCUGGCUUAAAUAUAAGGAAAAGGCUUGAGAUAAUCCCGGAAAGCGUAGGCCAUAUAUCAUGAAUCAGUUCAAAAAUACUUUUUUAAAGAGAAGCUUGAAAAUUAUAGUACACGACUUGUUUUUUUUAUUUUUUAUGAUAAUGUAUUUUCAGAAUAUGAUUAAAAUAUGUUUUUGCACA